GUCGGGCAAUGUCCGAGCAAAAUUAAGGAUAUGCAACCGGUCGGCCUUGGCCCGGGUAUGAUUGCACUUUUUUCUUCUUAUUUUCCUUGUCAUGCUUCAUCCACUAGGUAUAUGCCCUUCAAAGUUCCGUUUCAGGGCCUUCAGAAUAUUGUCUUGGACCUCCAUGCAUUUUUUCAGCCUUAUAUCUUGCUCACCCUCUGUUCCUGGAUGAUUGAUGGGAGCCAUCAAUGCAGUCUCGAAGUAUAAUAUCUGAUGAUUAUCUCAAAAAAUCCUCAAAGUGCUAGAGCCAAGGGAUGCUUAUGAAAAAAGGCAAUUUUGACGAGUUGCAUAUCUUUGCACAGUGCAUAUCCAUAAAUACCAUAGUACUGAGACACAGCAUACCAUUCAGACAGAUCUCUAACUACAACAUACAUAGCCAU